AUGGAGACACUGGAUUUUGUUGUUGUCGGAGCAGGCUUCUACGGCCUUGUAUCCGCAAAGACCUUCCAUCAGCUACACCCAGACGCGAGUCUGGCCGUCCUAGAAUCCAGUUCAAGCGUUGGCGGCGUGUGGUCCUGGGAGCGGCUGUACCCCAGCCUGCGCACCAACAACUUACUGGGGACCUAUGAGUACCCGGAUUUCCCCAUGGACACCAAGACGUUUGGCAUCAAGCCCGGCGAGCACAUCCCGGGUGAGGUGAUGUAUAGGUACUUGAACAGCUACGCGAAAAAGUUUGACAUCCGCGACAAGAUCCGGCUGCAGACGGUGGUUAGCACGGCUGAGCACCAAGAUGGUCCGGACGGAGGGUGGGUGUUAACGGUGAAGACUGGGGGGGAAGAUGGUGAGGAGAAGCAAAUAUUUGCGCGCAAGCUGGUCAUGGCCACGGGGUUGACCUCGCAACCGUUCUUGCCGCAUAUCGAGGGCCAGGAGGGAUUCGGUGCGCCGAUUUAUCACAGCCGUGAGUUUGCAAAAUACACGAAUAACUUGGACACGGCCAAGAAAGUGGCCGUGUUUGGCGGUACCAAGUCGGCAUUUGAUGUCGUGUAUGCGUACGCUAUCAAGGGGGUUAAGGUGGAGUGGGUAAUUCGAGAGAGCGGCCACGGCCCGGCUUGGAUUGCUCCUCCGUAUGUUACACCACUUAAAAGGUGGCUCGAAAAGCUCGCACACACUCGCUUCUUGACUUGGUUCAGCCCCUGCAUAUGGGGCAACGCCGACGGCUACACCGGGAUCCGCAACUUCUACCACGGCACCGCUCUCGGCCGCGCCAUCACCAACUUCUUCUGGUCCAUCCUAGGUAACGACGUGCUCACACUAAACAAGUACGACGCCCACCCGGAAACCAAGAAGCUCAAGCCCUGGAGUCAGGCCAUGUUUGUCGCGACAUCCCUCGGCAUCCUCAACUACCCAACAGACUUCUUUGACCUUGUUAGGAAUGGCACGGUGAGCGUGCACAUCGCCGAUAUCAAGGGCCUCUCAUCCAGAACAGUGCAUCUCGCCAAAGGCGGGAAGCUAGAAAACGUCGAUGCGCUCUGCUGCGCAACCGGCUGGAAGCACCUCCCUCCCGUCAAGUUCCUCCCCGAGGGCAUCGACAAGGAACUAGGUCUACCCCACAAACUCGGCACCAACCCCGACGACGACGACAACGAGCUCUUCUCCCCCUCCAGCGUCGCCGAAGCCGACAAAACCAUCCUCUCCCGCUUCCCACGCCUACGCGACCAGCCCAUACAGAACAAGCGCCUCGCACCACUCACCGGCACCCCAGGGGUUACAGCGACCUCGCCCGAGGACGACGCGAUUGGGUCCUCCUCGGCCGUGGCCGACUCGGCGCCGUUGACACCCUGGGGACUGUACCGGUUCGUCGUGCCGCCGUCGGCCCGGUUCAUGCGCACGCGCGACAUCGCGUUUACGGGGAUGCUGAUGAAUUUCUCGGCGGCGAUGGGGGGGCAAGUGCAGGCGCUUUGGAUUACGGCGUAUUUUACGGAUCGGUUGUCCCCGGCUGUUUUGCCGCCCCGUCAGUCAUUGACAGCAGCAGCAGCAGCAGAAACAGAAACAGGACCAGCGGCCGAAGAAAAAGGCAAAUCCCUCGCACAAGUCCGCGACGAAACCAGGCUGCACGCGCGUUUCGGUCGCUGGCGCUACCCGGCGGGCCACGGCUCACAGUUUCCUGAUUUUGUGUUUGAUUGUAUUCCGUACUUGGACCUGUUGCUAGGGGACUUGGGCGUGCGUGCGCACCGGAAGAGUGGGUGGUUUGCUGAGAUGACGGAGCCGUAUGGGCCAAAAGAUUAUGAGGGGGUUAUGGCUGAGUUUGAGGCGAAGAAGGAGUGA